GAAAUGAUGAAAAGAAGGUUUGAAAUCAAAUGUGAGCGAGUGGAGUAGUGUUAAUCCCGAAUUUUUAUUGUCCCGAAUAUAACUGUUAUCUGCAGAAAUAAACUAACGUUACUUACGGACCAGGAGCAACAACAAUAAGCGCAAUGUCCGCUCCACUCCCGCAAAAGGGUCUUGGUCCGGGUGUAUUACCUGUCAUGCCCCACCAGCAGCAGACGCAGCCCGGGAUGCCCCCACAAGGUGCCCUGCGGGAAAUCUCUCCCGUUUAUCUGUGCCGCAUCGGUCAGGAGACUGUCCAGGACAUCGUCACACGCACUAUGGAGAUCUUUCAGAUCGCACGGGCCACUCAGCUUCCCAAUGGUGUGACACAGAGCCAGCCCGCGUAUCAGGACCGCUUUGGGAAGCUGCAGGAGCAUCUGCGUCAGCUGACACUGCUCUUCCGCAAGCUGCGUCUGCUGUAUGAACGCUGUGUAGAAAUGACCCCUGACCUCCAGGAGUCUACAGCUGAGCUGGUUCCUUAUGUGGGGGAAGAGACGACAGCUGUGAGAGUGGAGCCGUGCAGCCCAGCUGUUAUUCAGGAGAGACAGGAGGUUCUAGAGAAAGUGAGGCAGAAGAACCAGGAAAUGAAGGUGCUAAUGGACCAGAUGAGGAACCUCCUGUGGGAUGUCAAUGCCAUGCUCACCAUGCGAAAAUGACAGCAGUACGCUUUGUAGUAAACAUCUGACCAUCCUCCGUCAGCCCUCAUCUACGGUCUCCUCAAUCUCACUUGUUCAGGUGCUUUCACACAGAUAGCAGUGUACAACAGACUGCUCGUGCAAAUGCCACAUAAUAUUUCAUCUUGACAAAUGAGAUCAGGCUUGGCAGCUCUUUGUGGUCCUGCCUCAUUUACAGUGUUAAAUCCCAAUGCUCUGAUUAAUAACUGCUUCAUCAAAGCACUGAAUUAGCAUCAGAAACAGGAAGUAAUGUAAAAGCCAUGCAGAUGAUGUAUGCUAGCCAUGCUGUUUGCAUGAUAAAUGAUCACUGCGGACUAAGCCUUGUAAAUAAUAGUGCCUACUAUGAUCUUUUGUACAUUCAUUGAACGGUGUGAUGUGUUUCACACUGUUGCUCCUCAGCAAAUAUGUUCUCAGGUAGAGUGUGUGUUCCCCUGAGCUCUGUAUUACACUCCUGAUAUCUGCCUUCUGGAGAAACGAUCAUCUGAAAAAACCCCCAGAAUGAAUUGCAGGAUGAUAGUUUUUGUAAACUAGACUUUUAUACAAAAAAAGAAAAAAGAAAAACAA